UUAGAAUCGGCUGGAAGACGCGCGCCCUCGCGUACAGAGCUCAUUCGCCAGGUUUGUGGAACGCGCGCAUUUGUAGAUGUCGCAGAACACGGAAGGAGGACCGCCGGAGGUCACACUGAUGACCUCAAUGGGUUCUUUUACAGUUGAGAUGUACACCAAACACGCGCCGAGAACCUGCCGGAACUUCAUUGAGCUUGCUCGGAGUGGUUACUAUAACAACGUUAAGUUCCAUAGGAUCAUCAAGGAUUUCAUUGUGCAAGGUGGCGAUCCAACUGGUACCGGAAGAGGAGGACAAUCCAUUUACGGUUCGAAAUUUGAGGAUGAGAUUGACAAAGAAUUGAAACAUACUGGAGCAGGUAUUCUAUCCAUGGCUAAUGCAGGACCGAACUCAAAUGGAAGUCAAUUCUUUAUUACAUUAGCACCUGCACAAUCGCUGGAUGGCAAACAUACCAUAUUUGGAAGAGUCUGUAGAGGAAUGGAAAUUGUGAAGAGACUCGGCAGCGUUCAAACUGAUAACACAGAUAGACCUGUCCAAGAUGUGAAGAUACUAAAGGCCACCGUCAAAGAUUGAUGUCAUGCUGCACUACAAAAGGGCCGUCAAUCUUUUCUCGCCCGUCAUUGAAAACCAUCAAAGACACCAUCUUUAGCCUGUGGCUCAAAUUGUUGUAUUGCAGCCGAUUGAUAUAAUUUGACGGAUGGGAUGACUAAGCUUUAUGUUUUAAUGCAUGGGAUUCUUUAGAUUUACUCCCGUCAUAAACUAGAUCCACUUGUAGAAUGGACGAGGAAUUGACCGAGCCAAGUGAUCAGGUCAAGGGUUAUACAAAAG